ACUGAACAUGAACAAGGCAGCUGCCUUAUGAGCGCCUGGUCACCACUCACUGAGGCUCCUACAAUUUGCUUGUGGGCAACUAAAAUUUUAAACAAGGAGCCCGCACUGUUGCCUAAAACUUAUGAUUCUUAUGGCAAUGGCCUCUUUGCCUACUUCCAAUGAAGGAACGACAGAAUUUCCUGCUCAUUUUAUGCUUUUAUAAAUGAAAACGUAAAAACGUGCGUUCUUCGACUGUAGGCCAAAAAUUUCUGCUGAUAAAAGUAAACAAACAAGCACUUUUCUGGAAAUUCCAAACUUGAAUGAAUCGAGACGCGUAAAUCAAGUUUUGAGCAUCUGCUUACUUAUUUAAGUUUAUCAAUCAAUGGGCCCCUGGAGUGUGGCAUGGGUUCCUACAAGUUUAUUUUAGGAGCUCAAGGGGCUCCCCAAAAAAUUUUCUUUGGCAGCAGCCUUGAUGAACAGUGAGCCUGUAAUAGAGUUGGCUGUAUGAUCACACACUAUACUUACUUGGCUUAAUAGGGACCUUAAGUAGCCAGGACAACGAGAGAAAAUGAGUGACGUCUGGGUCGAGAAUGUCAUCCAAAGCGGCAAAAACAGAUGUUUAAGCAAGCUCCCGUCUCAGCUCGUCACCGACGUAGGUAGACUGCACUGAACGGCUUCGUUUAAAGAAAUACGAGAGUUAUUUCUUUUUAGCAUUGCAGAGAACAACACAAUUGAUGACUAAGAAUUUUUCCUACUAUCCAAAGGAUUUAAAUCAGUAAACCGUUUAUCAGAUGAAAAGGCUUGAAUCGAAUCAAACAGAACAGAGCUGGUUUUGUUGUCCUAUACAUUUUACAGGAGUUUAAUUGCCGGAGACAAGAUUUCCGUACAGUCCAAUUCAUUUAUCUAAUACAGAUAUACCACUCUAUUCACAUUGAUCAAGUUAACCGGGAACAGUACAUACGAAAUACAGUGAAAAUCUUGCUCUCAAAAUCUCUUGCUCCAAUAGCCCAACCUUCAACAAAAAGUAAAAAAUUAUGUUUUCUUUUUUCAAAUGUUAGUAUUAAACAAGGUAAAAUGGGCACAGAAACAACAAAAAUUGCUUUGAAUGCUCAUGUUCACCCGAGGACAGCAAAUCAACAGUUAAUUGUCACCUCCUGAACGCCACGUGGACGACAUCACUGACAUGCGUAGAAGUUGCUGGCUUUGUGAGAACACUUCCGGGCAGCGUCCACUUGGCUUGUCGUCUAGGUUGCUUAAGGUCCCUAAUAUUGCAAAGUUUUUUGUAAACAGAUUUUGUUUUGUGGUAAUUUUUUGUGUCCAAAGGAUUGCAUGCAGGACUAAAUUAUGCAUCUUUUUGGAAAUUUAUGAGUCUGAGACGCGGGAAGUGCAGAUAGAUGGAUCAUUGGGGGGUCUGCAAUUGGUGUGUUACAACUACUACCUAUAAGUUUGCAUGCUGGCCAUUUGCAUGGGCCUUUGACAAUUCUUCUUUUAUAUCCUGAUGGGUGACUUGGAAUCCUCCACACCUUCACUGACCUGAUGGGUUAAGCUGGUUUAGGCGUAAACUACCUUUUCAUGUGGCAGAGCUAGUGUUAGCAUCAACUUUUGUCUUACAAAGAUGAUUGAUUGUCAUGAUUAUUAAUUUGUUUUUAUAAAGGAUAUAUUUCCUGAUAAAGCCACUGAAAGAAAUAUUCUGUCUUGUAUUGUGAAGUGCCCUAGUAAAGGGUGUGCGUGGACUGGAGAGACCAGACAUGCAGAGGUAAGGUAGAGUUGCACAAGAAGAGGGGGUAUAGAAUCCUUCUUCAAUAAUUAACGGGGGUCUCAGAAAAUUUUGGCCUGAUCUCGAAAUCUCGGAAGCAUUUAUGAUAGGUCUCCAAGUCUCGUUUUCGGGUGAUUUUGCGUCUCAGAGUGUUUAAUUUCUUAAGUGUUGGUCUUGAAUUUUGAAACCCUAGGUCUCGCAGUCUCACAGAGUAUCAAAUGUGCCAUUGUAUACCCCUAGAAGUACGUGUUAUUUCCUAACCAUGAAGUAUUUCCAAAGACUAAAGAGAAACAUUUAUCUAAACUAUCUGUUCCCUGUUUUUCUUGUUGCAUGUAGGAUGCAGGGUGAGAUGAAAAUUUAAAAAAAACUGCUAAGUUCUCGUUGGGCAUUAAGCUGUGAUGAAGUUUACAAGGUUGCGGCAGUCAUGCAUGCCUUAACCAACAUAUAUUUCCACAAACAUUUGUGUAAUAUCUUGGCUAAUGUUACUUGUCUAUCAAACAACUUGCAGUUAAAACAUUCUAGCCUGAUGGGCCACUCCAUUAGCUCCAGGCUAUAUCAAACAUUACUUUUGUCUACCAGGUGUACCAGUUAUAUUCUUGCAGCAUUUUAUUAUUACAGAGUUAUUAGGGGUAACACAUCCAUAUGUUCUCUGUUCACUUAAAGUGAAACCCAGUUUACUCUCAUAUUGUUUUAAUGAAAUUUCUGGAAUUUUUUAGUGACCUUUUUUCAAUGAGGGUGUAAAUCUAAUUCAAUACCUUUUUUCACCUUUUCUAGGUCCAUCUCGGCAUCUGUGGUUACAAGAUUAUCACUUGCCCUAAUUCUAAUUGUAACUUUCAAAUGAAAAGGAUACUUGUGGGUGAUCAUGCAGCUAAGUUGUGUCAGUGGAGAAUAGUGCACUGUGGUUACUGCAAUGAGAAGCAUAUUAAGUGUGAUGAAGAGGUAAUUUGUGUAGUGUGAUUUGUUUUUGGGUUAAGAUAACAAAAUUUUAAGGAUGGGCUUUGUAGAGUCUUACAAUAAUUAAUGAAGUGUAAAUUAUUUGUAUAUUGAAAAUUUGAUAUUGAACAUUUCUAAGCCCAAAUGCAGAUAUGAGGGGAUCCCUAUAAAAAAAAUGGUGAUCCCAGCUAGUUUCUAAAAUUGUAGGAUCAAAAAAAACGAAACAGAAAACUUAUGCCAAGACGCCUAACAAUUAGCUGAACAAGACACCAAACAUCGCUGAACACACUAUGCGCAGCGAUUUACAAGUACCAGUAGUGAUUUUCUCAAUCACCAACUUUGCAAUCUUUAUUUAUACCUUGCUUGUUUGUAAACUUGUUAUUAAAUUUCUUAAUAAUGUAAUGCAACCCUGAUUUAAUGAAGGGCUUAGGGCAAAAUGUAUUCAUUAUAAAUAAAAAAUUAAUACUCAUCAAAAAUUUUGCCAUUUCUGCAUGAUUGUCUUUAAUCCCCUAUUAUAUAGCUAGUUCUUCUUAACCAGCUGGCACUGACCAAAUUUGGAAGAUGCAGGAGUUAUACCUUAAAUCAGUAAUGUUGUAUAUUCUUUGCCAAUAUGCAAUUGGAACCUCAUUUCCAGGCAGGAGAGUGACAGCCUUGCUGUUAUGGUGUGAAUGCAGGACUUAAGAAAAUGGCAAAAGAGUUUAUGGCUAUUCCGAAGAUGAAAUAGCUGAAUUUGUAAAACUGAACAGAAUAAUUAAGUCAGAAGUGCAUGAAUACACAAUGGAUGUCAUCUACUUUUUGAGGAGUAACUGCAAGGAAAAAAAACAUUUCUUCAUAUUCUGAAACUCUUGCCAAGAAAGAGCCAAAUGUUUUUGUAAGAAAGUCUAUAAGGAAAAAAGGAUGUUAAGGAGUUAGAAACACAUGUAUUUUUAAUAAAUAAUAACACAAUGCUAUUGAAUUUGGCUUGUAUUUGAUAUGAAGAAUUAUGAAGACCUCAGAUGUUGUUGGUGGAUAACACCCUACUCAAUCUGCAUAAUUCUUCUUUGUGGUUAUUUGUAACGAGAUUGCACUACUACUCCAUGGAUGAGUAGGUGCACUGUCUUGAAGCGUAGUGGAAUGUUUGGGGAAGUGGGGGCCUAGCAUACCUAGCAUGCUUUUCCUGGGAUUAAAAGUUAAUCUAGAAUUGUCCAAAUGAGAGGCAGAGUGUUUUUUUUCAUGGAACUGAUAAUAAUUAUACUUCUUUCACCUUGUCCACAGAAACAUGUUAGUGAAUGUCAGAAGAUACCUAUCGAUUGUUCUAAUGGGUGUGGUCAGAUCACUGCAAGAGAGGAGGUAAAGUUAGAAGAUAGCAAAAUAGAUUGGUUGUUUCUUUUCUUUCUCAUAACCUAGUUCUUGACGCAUCAUUGAAAAUAGCAGCUGUUCCUUUCUAGAGUAAGGAAAUGGGACGUUGUUGGGGUAUGCAGUUGUUGCUGUUAUGACAUUUGCCACAGAUAACAGUAACAGUAGAUUUUAAUGCAAAUCAUCAAACUGAUAUAGUUAUCCUCUUCAAGCCCGUUGUGUGUAAGAACAAUAGGAAAUGACGUUUAUUCAUUUAGUUAACACUAAUAAUUGAGUUUCAUCUCUUUAUUUAGAUUGGACAUCACAUUGAAACUGACUGCCCACUUACCAUGAUUCCCUGCCCUUAUUUUUCAGUGGGCUGCGAUACAAAGGUGUGAGUCUUGAGCUCCGUUGUAAUUAGUUUCUGGGAAUAUAUUAAUCUAUGUGAGACUUUGACUUGUUAUAAUGCAUAUCAUAAGUAGCAUUAUGAAACCCAGUGUACUUAUAAGUAGUGGCCACUUUUCAGUUUUUAAAAAAGUAUUUUUCUAUUAUUCCAAACACCUCGUCCCCUUUGGCCAGUCGUUCCCGAGUUCUUCCAAAAUUCGUCGCGAAGUAACCAGUCAGCAAAGAGAAAAAUCAAGAGACUGGGUAAGGCGUAAGCCAGCUGUUUGUUUCGGUUGGGCUUUUUGAUCACACAAUAUCGAUUCACUUUUCCCUGUUUUUAUAGUCUCUGACCAAGCGGUCUCGCAUAACCAGUCGAAGCUCCGGCACGGCCAAUUGCAUUGUGAUAAACAAAACGACAAACUUUUGGGAAUGAAAGUGGUAAUGAUGUGCACAUUAUUUGCAGAUUCAACGUAAAAAAUUGGCUUCCCAUCUUCAAUCUUCUACCGAGGCACAUCUUGCUUUAGCCUGUGUGAAGUUGAGCGACACUCAAAAGCAGUUAGCAAAUACACAAGGUGAGCUGAACCAAACUAAAAUUCAGCUGAAUGACGUACAAACGCAACUGGACGGCACUCUGGCUCAACUAUAUAAUACUCAAGAAACAACAUGCAAUUUGGAGAAGAAAAUGGAAACGUUUGAGAGGCAGUUGAAAGAAAAAAUGAAUAAAGGGCAGGUGAACGUAGUUGUAGAAGAGAAGGUGAUGCAGAUGAAAAAGACAAAUAGUUUUUUGUGGGAAAUUCAAAAUUUUUCUGAGGUAUUGAGGCAAACAAAGGAAUUGGGUAACUUCUUGCAAAGCGACCCAUUCUACACAGAAAGUUGUGGUUACAAAAUGCAGUUACUUCUCUAUCCCAACGGUAACGGGACUGCAGAGAACACUCACAUGUCAGUAUUCCUUAGUGUAAUGGCAGGGGAAUAUGAUUCUUUGUUAUCGUGGCCCUUCAUUACAGCUGUGACGUUUACCCUUAUCGAUCAACAACGCCACCUACGGCAAAAUGUUGAUCUUUCCUUUACACAUAAAGUCACGGAAAGGCCCAAGGAAAAUAGUUGCUGUAAUCUUGGGAUUCCUAAUUUCGUAUCUCACGAAAAACUUAAGACAAGGGGGUAUCUUAAGGACGACACCUUGUUUCUGCGUGUUGUCAUUGGCCCAGAUUCCAGUAAAUUGAACUGGUGGUCAACUGAGCCUCUUUGGACGUUUGAAUAG